AAUAAGUACUGGCCAUGCAUGUCAGCUUCACUGUGCUAGCGGCGACACCCUUAGCCGAAAUCAACGAGAUAGGGAAGCUAUUCAAUAGACGAGAAUGACACCAUAACAAUACAACAAUCGCACGUCAGGAAGGAUGAGUCAAAGCGCGGUUCGGGGCGCUCGCAACAUUGGCGCAGUUUCUGGAAACUCGCGACUCGGGUCUACAUCUAGCAAGGCUCUUGACAUUACCUGGGAUACGGUAAAGAGGGCCACGACCGAGAAUGAGUUGAGGUUGAUCGGCCUCGUGAAGGAGUAUUGUGCUGGUCAUGAGGAUCCUCGUCUCCUCGAUAGCAUUUUUGAGCUCCUGUAUGAGGAGACGACGCCCAACAUCAUGGACGCGGACGCGGGCCGCUCCGCGCUGCACUGGGCAGUGCUGCACGGGCAGGUGCAGCUGGUGCGUACGCUGCUGGAGGCGGGGGCGCUGGUCAACACAUUUGCAAAGGACGGCUCCACGCCGCUCAUGGCGGCCGUGCGCAAGGGCAGCAUCGAGGUGGUGGCGCUGCUGCUGGAGGAGGGGGCGCGCACCGAGCUGAUCAACACGGCCACGGGCUCCGGCCCGCUGCUGCUGGCCGCGGUGUUCGCCAACAUGGACCUGGUGGCGCUGCUGCUGGGGCGGCGCGCCAUGGCCGACAUACAGUGGGGCGGGCCACACGGCCCUGUGACGCCUCUGACGGCUGUGGCUGCCAAAGUAUGCGAACCCAAACCCACGGCGGAGCAAUAUCUGCAGGUGGUGGAGGCGCUGCUGGCGGCGGGCGCCAGUCCCGACCUGGUGGUGGACGUGGCCAAGGGCGAGACGCUGCUGCACAACGCCGUGGCCCGCAGCCAGACCGGCCUGGUGCGGGCGCUGCUAGGAGCCAAGGCCAACCCCGACACGCCGUCAAAGGAGGGCCUGACUCCGCUGAUGACCGCUGUGCGGCUGUCCAGCUGCGAGAUGGUGGAGAUGCUGAUCGACGGCGGCGCUGACGUGGAGGCCAAGAACGAGUUCAACGGCAAGUCGGCGUUCGCCAUGGCGGUGAACCUGGGCAACCUGGAGCUGGUGCAGCUGCUGCUGGCGCGGGGCGCGGCGGUGGACGCGCGCUGGUUCAACCCCAACGAGUACAACGCGCCAAUCCUGACGGUGGCGUGCAAGUGUGAUGAGUCCUUGGGCCGCGGCUACUCCUACAGCCUCAGCCGCAGCACCGGCGGCUCCUCCUCGACACUAGGCGCUGCCGCGGCAGCGGCGGCGGCGGCGGCGGCAGCAGCCGAUCCAGGGGCGCUGCUCAGCAAGUCGGUCAGCGGCGGCGCUGCGGGCAGUGGGCAGUCAUCCACACAUCGCGGCGGCGGCACACAGGUGUACCUGGACAUUGUGCGUGUGCUGCUCAAGGGCGGCGCCGACCCCAACACGCAGGGCUCCAAGAAUGGCGUGACGCCUCUGCUGAUCGCUGUGGAGAACGCGCACCUGGGGCUGCUGCGGGUGCUGCUGGAGGCGGGGGCCAACCCCAACCUGGCGGACACGUCCGGCAACACGCCCCUGGCCAUGGCCGCCACGGACGGCCUGACGGACAUGGUGCGCGCGCUGCUGGACGCCGGAGCUGCCGUCAACGCACAGCGGCGGGACGGCUGGGUGGCGCUGAUGGGCGCGGUGCUGAACCGGUCCGCGGCCCUGACGGAGCUGCUGCUGGGGGCGGGCGCGGCGGCGGGCGUCAUGGUGCCGCCCGGGGAGUUCCUGGCCAUGGAGUCCUCGCCGCUGAUGGCCGCGUGCGGUGAGGGCGCAGUGGACGUGGCGCGACUGCUGCUGGCGGCGGGAGCGGACCCCAACCAGGCCAACUCGGCGGGCCAGACGGCUGUGUGGUGCGCCUGCCGCGGCGGCCGCACGGAGGCAGUGGAGCUGCUGCUGGCGGCGGGGGCACAGCUCCGGCCCAAGGGGCAGGCAAGCCCCUCCCCGCUGGUUCAGGCGGCCUACAGCGGCAGCCGGCAGUGUGUGGAGCUGGUGCUGGCGGCGGGGGCGGAGCUGGAGGAGCACGACAGCGGGUCCCCGCGGCCCGACUCCCGCGCUGUGGGCGGCCGCUUCACGCCGCUGGCCGCCGCCUGCAGCCGCGGCGCCGCCGCCACCGCGCAGCUGCUGCUGGCGCGCGGCGCCGACCCAAACGUCACCUGGCUGGUGGAGGAGGGCAGCAGCGGCAAGGUGGAGCUGACGCCGCUGACGGCGGUGCUGACGCACCCCUGGUCGGCCGACGAGGCGGGUCAGGUCGAGUGCGCGGCGCUGGUGCGGCUGCUGCUGGAGCACAGGGCCAACAUCAGCGCGGCGGAGCCGGCGCACGGCCACACGGCCCUGGAGGUGGCGGCGCGCGAGGGGCGGCACCGGGCACUGCAGGUGCUGCUGGACAGCGGGGCGCGGCCCAACCUGGUGGACAAGGAGGGCGCCACGCCACUCAUCCUGGCGGCGCUCAAGGGCUCCGCCGAGUGCGUCAAGCUGCUGCUGGCGGCAGGCUGCCCCGCCGGGCCGGGCUGCAGCUCCGCUCGCAGCCUGCUGUUUUCCGGGCCCUCCAAAAAGCGGCGCAGUCUGUCGGGCGGCGCCAUCCCCAACUGGGCGCCGCAGUACGGCGCCGCGGGGCCGGGCGCGGGCGGCGGCGACAGUGCUUCUGGGCCGGCGGGCGGCAGUGGCAACGCCCCGUCGGGCGGCAGCGGCAGGCGCGCCGCAGGGACGGACCCGAACGCGACAACGCUUGUGGGCGUGUCGCCACUGGUUGCUGCCAUUGGCGCGUUUGCCUCGGGCGACGGCAACCUGGAACUGAUCCAGGCGCUGUUGGACGCCGGCGCCACACCCAACGCCCCCUUCUUCGAGGAGGACACCAUCCUGACGGCGGCGGUGGACGGCGGCAACCCCGCACUGGUGGCCACCCUGCUGACGGCGGGCGCCGACCCCAACCAGUCCAACACGGCCGGCGCGCUGCCGCUGCAGAUGGCUGUGAGCCGGGGCCACACUGAGCUGGUGCGGCUGCUGCUGGACGCCGGCGCCUCGCCGCACAUACCCGGACUGGACUGGUCCUCGCUGCGCUACUAUCACAAGGGCCGCCACGACAUUCUGGAGCUGCUGGCGCGGGGCGGCGUGGUGGUGCCGCCGCCGCCGCCCAGCGAGCUGGCGCGCGGCCGCAGCAGCAGCAGCUCCGGCCAGACCUCCACCUCGGGCAGGAGGCUGCAGACGCGGCCCUCGGCCUCCGGAGCCGAGGCCGCGGGCGUCACGCGGCGCAGCAGCCAAGGCGGUGGCCGCGUGAGCGCCAGUGGCAGUGCGGAUCGGCUGGCGGGCGGCAGUGUGGAGCGGCUGGGGGGCACGGGGCGCGUCAGCGUCAACGGCCUGGAGCCCAGUGGCUCGCCCACGGCGGCGGCGGCGGCCGGCGGCGGCCGGCGGCCGGCGCCGCUGCAGAUGGCGGGCAGUGGGAGCAGCGGGCAGCUGUUGGAGGAGGCGGCGGCCGGCGGCGCGGGCGGGGAUGCGGGGCCUUCGUCGGGGCCGUCCACGGGGCCCAGCCCACAGAUGGGAAUGCUGCUAAGAAGCCCCAUGGCGCACAGGAGCGGGGCGAGCGGCGGUGGCAACUCAUCGCGGUCGGGUAGCGGGGGGAGCGGCCCUGGCGGCUUGGGUGGCAGCGGGCGGGCGGAGCUGUUGGGCAAGUCGCCGUCGGCGCUGACGCGCUCGGGGCGCUCCGACGCAGCCGUGGUGGCGGCCGCCGCGGCGGCGCUUGGGCUGCAAAACGCAAAGAGCAGCGGUGCCGGUGGCUGCGACGCCUGAGAGCGAUGUGCAGCUGCAUACCUCAUGCCGUUUUAGCUGUUGCGCUAGUGCUUGAUCCUUUGGGGGUUAGUCAUGGUGCUGUACGUGAUGCUUGACCUGCUAGGUUGACGGCGAGCCAGUGGUUACUUGUACGAUGAGACCGAGCCGGUCCCCUGCGUGGUGCCGCAUUGGACUUUCGGUUCCGAGUGAUGCCAAAUGGCGAGCGGUGCCAAUGGCUCCACGGAAACAGGAAGUGGCUUAAUAGGAAGGGGCUGCACGGAGCGGGAAGUACCAAUGAUUUCACACUUGUUGUGUGAGUGUACAGGCACCACACCGAGACAUAUUAUCUAUGACUAAGACGCCGGCGUGACAUGAUGUGGGCGGCGGCUUUGAACAGGGUGUGUGGCGGCGGUUGAUAGCCAGAAGCGGCUGCACAUAGGAGUAACAUGCAUCGGGGAGCCCCUGGCAAAGGUCUGGUCCGGCAAGCUGAGUUUUAGGCGAUGGGCGGGCGGUGCAGCUUACGGGCGCGGUUUCAUGCGUCGCAACUGUGGACUCGUCGGGUUCAUCUGGGUUCAAGGCGGAUGCACCUCGAGAUUUACAGUGCCCUCCACGGGUGCGACAAGCCCCCGCGGUAUUGGGGCCAUCCGUGGCUCUCGCCAACGCCGCGUCCCCACACGCCGAAGCAAUGUGUUGAGUUUGCGCCUAGGACAGACGGCCACUCAGGACGGUGUAAGAGGGCUAGCGCUAAGAUGGGAUCAACCUAUCCUCACAUCACGGACCUAGGCCGGACG